AUGGUUGCUAAUUCACAACAGUUUGGCAUUCGCCAAGAUCUUACUCCACCACCCAAAUCAGGUACUGAAGUGAGCACCUCUAAUGCUAAUCAGCUUGGUCAACAAUUAGUUCAAUUCACUGCGGUGGUACAACAACUUUCUUUAGGCCAACAGGUGAGACCAUGUGGAAUCUGUCAGGUUGUGGGGCAUGCUACUGAUACUUUCCCUACUUUAUUUGAGGGAGAAACUGAAGGUGUUAAUGCUGUAGAAAAUUUCCCUGGUCAAUUAUGUCAGAUGUACUAUGAACCCUUUUCACAAACUUAUAAUCCUGGCUGGCGUGAUCAUCCAAAUCUUCGUUAUGGGAAUCAACAACAAUCUCAACAUAAUUUUGUACCCAUACCAUCGCAAGCACUGCAAGCUGCUCCACCACCAAGUUCCAAACCUUCCACUGAAGAUUUAAUCAAUGCAAUUGCUACAAAUAUGCUUCAAUUUCAGCAAACUACCCAAGCAUCCAUAAAAUGUUUGGGGAAUCAGGUGGGACAACUAGCGGAAUCAUAUAACAGAAUGGAAGCUCAUCUGUAUAAUAAAUUGCCUUCACAACCUGAGAGGAAUCCCAAGGAGAAUGUAAGUGCGCUAACUUUGCAAAGUGGUAUACAAUAUAAGCCACCCACACAACCUUCAUUGCCAGCUCCAGUGCAAAAGCAAGUAAUAUACAACUCCAUCCAUGAUGAACCAUCAAUGCAGAAAAAGGCACAUAAACCAACUAUGCCAACCUAUGUCCCUCGUCCACCUUUUCCAAGCAGAUUGAAAAAGUUUAAGAAAGAGGAACCUGAAAAGGAAAUUCUUGAGACUUUUUGCAAAGUUGAGGUAAACAUUCCAUUACUUGAUGCUAUUAAACAAGUGCUACGUUAUGCUAAAUUUUUAAUGGAGUUGUGCACGAAUAAGAAGAAAUUGAAGGGUGGUGAAAAGAUAAGUGUGGGGGAGAACGUCUCUGCUGUUCUCCAAAAGAAGUUGCCACCAAAAUGCAAGGAUCCUGGAACCUUUACAAUUCCUUGA